AUGUUCACGCCUGUCGAAACGACCUUAGGGGCGCUGCUGCUCCACCAAGCGACCAGCGUACUCCUAUACCAAAAUGGCACGAUCCUUGGAGCGUCCGGUUAUGUGCGACGACUGUUUUCGAAGCCGACGAAGGGGACGGUGGCAUUUUUCGUGGGGAUGGCAGCGAGCUUCUUGCCGUUGAAGAUGUUUCUCCCCGAGUUGCUCACCAAAUAUCCUCCUAUACCGUCAACAUUACCGCAAGCGCUGGUGACGAUUGGGCUUGGAAUGCUUGUUGGAUGGGGCACGAGGGUUGCGAACGGGUGUACUUCCGGACACAUGCUCUGCGGCCUCUCGAGACUCAGCGCCCGAUCCGCUGUGGCCGUUGCUACAUUCUUCCCCGUGGCGAUGAUAACGCAUCAUCUCGUUCACCCGUCGAUGAUCACCGAAGCUUGCCCUGGGAAUAUUCCCUGCUACACGCCGACAUACCCAUCUCAAGCCACGACGACCUCGCUCGCACUUCUUACCGCCGUCGUCAUCUUCGCCGCCCAAACCGUUCCCCGUCUCGUAGCCAAAGCUACUGCGACGGAAGACUGCAAAUGCGACCCAGAAUCGCCGGCUCGCGACGCGACCCAGUUCUUCGCGGGCUUGGAGUUCGGCCUCGGUCUACAUGUUUCAGGAAUGUCCAGCCCGUCGAAAGUCAUCUCCUUCCUCUCUUUUCCGAAUCUCCACGCGUGGGAUCCGUCCCUGGCUUUGAUAAUACUAUUUGGGGUCUUGCCGAAUUUGAUUGAGAACCAGAUAAAGGGAUUCAGGGAGCCACCUUGCUUCAACGACAAGUUUGAGCUUCCGAAAAAGACGCUAAAGGAUACGGAUUGGAAAUUUGUUCUUGGAGCGGCAGUAUUUGGCAUUGGGUGGGGAUUGUCAGGCACGUGUCCGGGUCCGGCUGUGCUUCGAACCGUUGCUCAGCCGGCGUGGGGGAUACUAUGGAUGGGCGGAUUUUGGCUGGGAGGCCGGAUCUUUACGGAAGGUUGCUGA